AUGGAGCAUGAUGGAUGCGACGAAAUUAAAGUUCAAACGUAUAAAAUAGGGGAUCUGGGACACGUCACCUCGAUCAGUGAACCAAAAGUUGAAGAAGGAGAUUGCAGAUAUUUACCAGCAGAAAUACUCAGAGAGGUAGAACAUAAGUAACAAGCUUUCAUUGGUAGGAAUGAAACUACCUGAAAAAUAUAUAAGGAGAAUUUCGACGUUCCGAGUGAAGGCCCUUCGUCUGGUGUUACUGAAGGGCCUUCGCUCGACACGUCGAAUUUCUCCUUAUAUUUUUGAGGCAGUUUCAUCCCUACCAACGAAUGCUUGUUCAUAUCAUUGGCACCACCUACACUUGGCACAGACGGUUCAAGAACACAAGUAAACCUUACGAGGCAGAAGAUUGUGCUCAUCUUAAUUUAGGGAUGUUCUACCAAAAAUCUCGCAUCUUAUUCUUGUAGCAGAUGGUGGUCAAGCCGCAGUUAUCAGAAUGAGAAAAUAAUCCUAAUACUUUUCCUUUAUGUUUUUGGCGGCAAAUAAACAGAAUGGAGAGAUAUGUACACAUGUAAAAACUAUCGCAAGUUGUAACAAACCUGCAGCAGACUUGUAGCAAUACUGUUCCAACAACUUGUCAACAGUAUGUGUUCGAACUACUUGUUCCCAGCUUGUUGACAACUUGCUACAAGGUUGCUGAGCUCAACAAACAUGUUAGUUGUUACAAGUUGCGAGUGACAAUCUUGUACCGACUUGAUAAAAUAACAACAUUGUAACAACUUGUUGACAAGCCUGCUACAAGCCUGUUGAUAUUAUCAGACUUGUUGCAAGGUUGUUCCAACAAGUCCUAUACAGUCAUGAUAUAACAAUAUUGUUAAAACCUUGUGUCGUCAACCAAGGUUGUAACAUUCUUGUUAUAUCAUGACCGUAUCAGACUUGUUAGAAAAACCUUGUCACAAGUCCGAUAAUGCCAUCAAGCUUGUUACAAGUUGUUAACAGCUUGUUCCAAACUUGUCACAACAACUGGGAACAAGCAGUGCGAACAUAACUUGUGCACAGAUUUGUAAUAACUUGUUCGCUGCACGAUAGCGAAACCUAUUCAAGAAUUAAAACAUUUUCAUAUAUUUUCUAGGAUUACAGUAACCUGCCAAAAGCUGAUGUAUUCUCGCUUGCUCUGACUGCCUUACGAGCGGUAGGUUACACUUCCUUCCUCGUGUGAAGCCUGGUUCACACUAUCAAAGUUUCUGUGAUCACAGUAGGAAUUUUGCAUCGGUAGAUUCUAAGUUUUGGAGGAUUUGUAAGAAAUGUUUGAGGGGACUGUCCCAUUUUCAUUGUUUAUAACAUUAACACCUGUUGCUUGUGAUGUUACUCUGAGUGUAUAUCCACACCGGGCAGGCUUGAAAAAUAUGCCUGGCCAGGGUGGGAAUCGACCUUUGGAAUAACAGCCCAAUGCUCUGCAUACUGAGCUGCCGUGGCCAGGCAUAUUUUUCAAGCCUGCCCGGUGUGGAAUGUGGAUAUACAGUACACUCAGAGUAACAUCACAAGCAUCGGACUUAUUCACCUGAGUACACUACACCAACACAAAAAAUAUCAUGAUUAUUAGACUACACUGAUAUCGAAGGAACGAGACUCAAUUCCGAAAUAUCGCAUACACGAACCAACCUGACCGCGUAGCUCAGUUGGCAGAGCAUUGGGCUUGUAUUCCAAAUGUCGUAGGUUCGAUUCCCACCUUGGCCAGGCAUAUUUUUCAAGCCUGCCCGGUGUGGAUAUACACUCAGAGUAACAUCACAAGCAUCUUAUUCACCUGAGUACACAACACCAACACAGACAGCAAAUAUUAACACCUGUAUUCCGAAAGCUCACUCACACUCAAAGAGUGGAGGUUCAAUCAAGGUUGUCUUUUUAUUAAUGUUCUGAUGAAUGAUUCUUUUUAAAGGGCGGUGUUCACGAGUUACCGAAGAACGGACAAAACUGGCAUAUGAUCAGGUCAGAUUGAAAAUUAUUUUCUCGCGGUAAAUGUUCCCAGUUAUACCGCCUGAUAAGCAAACUUUUAGCUAGGGUCCUGAAAGAGGGCUCCAAUUUUGGUAUAACGAUACAUCUACAGUGAGGGGGGGGGGUCGAGAAAACGUUCCUCUGGAAAACCUUUGAAAUUUAUGUUACUUCAUGUCAGUAUCUGUUCCAAGCUCGUUCGAAAUUUUUCAAACAUACUUGGCUUUGUGAGUUUGUACCGCUAUGCUUCUUUACUUAACUACGACAUUUUCAUUCAGCCAGGUACACCAUCAGAUUGAUCAAAAUGUCAAAUGUAUAAUAAAUUCCCCCAGAAUUUGGGCGUCCAAAGGCGUCCACCUUUCGUUCUAGGGGCGUCCCAGGACGCCUGGACGCCCUUCUGGCUAAAAGCCUGCUGAUAAGGAGAAUGCUGGAAUGCACUAGCAUUGCUAGAAUGCACUAGCAGUUAGCUCUAGUCACUUGCAGGUAACGCAGUUACCUCGGGAUCCCAACAUCUGACAUCCAUUGAGCUAUUGAGCCAAGUCCGUCUGGUUUUGAUAGCGAUUUCUUAUCCAAUUUGAAUGCACGAAAUAUUUUGAGUUUUAAAUUUUACAUCAUUUCAGACAGGGAAAGUUACCAUUUCUGACCCAAUGUUCUCAUGAGUUCAAUAAUCUGUUAAUGGUGAGUUCUUUAGUUCCUAUAUUGCAUGAGUGUAUUUCAGGCCUUAAAAUAUCUUUUACAGGGCCGUCUGACAAAAUGUCCCAUGACUUUGAGUUUGGGUCGGAUAUAUGUAUGAUGAUGUCCGAUGACCUUCAGUUCAGUUUGGCUCAGAAAUAAGUCCGAAUGACACAAAUUAAUAUCAGCACAAUGUCAAUGUAUUAAUUCUGAACUAAAUGUUGUGAAGAUAUUAAAUAAUUUGGGUCAUUCAUACUUAUUUUCAAGCCAAAAUUAACUUGCUUGCCAAUAACAGACUUCGACAACUUAAGCCCCUUUUCCACUUCACCAUUUCACUCACCUCCUCCAUUACAUCAAAACGUUUCCGGUUCACUUUUUAUACAUUACUCUGAUUCUCCAAUCUCCAUUUAACAUACGAGCCUCUAGUCCUGGACUAAUGUACAUCAUUUUGAUUUACGUCGGACAAAGCCACAGUUCGGUCGGACACCAAUACACUCGGGUCGGACAAACAAUAAUUUUUUCCUUUUUGAUUUCCUUUCUACAUCGGACAAUGUCCGUGAGCAGACCUGAUAUUUAAGGCCUGAUAUUUUGUUACAGUAUUUACAAAAUCAAAUGUUCAUGUUUUUGAUAUUUUUUGUUAAAAUUCGUUUGUUGUUAGGUAAUGAUGGAUGCUGAUCCUGGAUCCCGUCCUUCCUCGGCAGAUUUAACAAAACAUCAAGUACUCUAUCCGUUUGCUAACAAGUCCAAGGUAGGCCGACUUCUGGUUUGAACUAAACUCACAUUGAUGCCAUGCAUGUUUGCUAAAUGUUUCCGCUUUCUGUAGAAUCAAUUAAGAAAAGAGCUCAAUGCAGAGAAAUUCAAAAACGAAAUUUUAACCAGGUGCGUCGCCCAUCCGACCUACAAGUAUUAGGGACCGGUCAUUAUUUAUGGCGGGGGGGGUGGCGCCGAAGAGAAAAGGGUUGGGUAAACAAAAUUUUGUGUGUGUAAGAGGUUGGGUAAAUGAAAAACGAAACAAUUCAAGGGUUGGGUAAUGUAUUGUCAUUUCCAAAGCAUGAUUCGCUUAAAUAUUUGAAAACUAAAAAGCAAUGAUGUCAACAGUCGUAUGUCAAUACAAUAUGUAAAUCAAUCGCUAUCUUGAUCAUUUUCCAAUUUGUCAGGAGGCAAAUGGUGUCUCCAAAGUAAGUACAUGUGCAGACAACAUGAAACUUCAGACUGAAAGAUCUUGACAAGAAUUUCAGACAAUUUUGGCAAGUAUGGCAAGAUUGAAUAAUCUUGGCAAGAUAUUGGUAAUAUCUUGCCAAGAUUAGUGUCUUGCCAUGAUCUUCCAAGAUCAUGCAAGAUCUUACAAGAUCUUGUCGAGCUCUUCAACCUGGGGACAACAUGAAACUUUAGAAUGCAGAAAAUUGCAUAAGCAGUUAUCAAACUCGUGUCACAGAAGUGUUAAAGGACAUGUGUGACAACUGAAUGGUAUCCUUUUGUAAAGUUUUUGGCCAGGGGUGAGCAUCUAUUAUUAAUUGAUAUUUAAGGUUGGUUAGAAAAUUCAGUUUUGACUUAUUAAUAGUUGGAUCAGAAACAUUUUUGAUGUUGAUCAGAAAAACAGUUCUCUUCGGGUGCCACCCCCGCCAUAAAUGAUGACCGGUACCUAAUGUCUCUUUAAUUGAGGCCAUUUCCACAAAGGAAAAUUUUCCGUAGAAAGAAAAUUUUGUAAAAUGUGAGAAAUGUUUCUUGAGUGGAAUUGGGCCUUACCAGAGACGAAUUAUAUAUAAGAAAUCAUUUGCCAAGCAUUGGAUGGCUUAGCAGUGCAAAGGAAAUUCGCUAAGGCCAAAAUGUUGACUAUCCUUGUUUUAUUUCCUCAGAGAACUGGAACAAACUCGAGCGGCGAAUAAAAUGAACAAUGGAACCGGUCGUGCAUCAAAUGGGCGGUUGGUCGGUCAUAAAGUUAGCCGUAGUAUGAGCAUGUCUGUAAUUAUGUAGUCUUCACUGCAGAAAUUUUUAAUCAAAGACUAAUAUUAGCUAAUAAGUAAAUAACAGGAAUGACUAGUCUUAGAUAGUUAGAUUUACCACCUGAGAUUCUUAGCCUCGCUAAAAAUAUUUCCGGCAAGUUAUCUAACUUUCUAAUGCAUAUUGUAUAUAUAUUUGCGAAUUCGCUUUCAUAUUGUUCUGCCUUGUUUUGCUAUCGAUAACAAGCGCAAAAUUUGUAAAUACAGUACGAUUUUAAAACGGUUUGUAGUUUGAUAUUUUAAUAAAAUGAUCGGAGUUUAUACAUAGUGUUUGAACUUUGAAUUUCUCUUGAAAUACUGGUUGAUUUGAAUAGCCAGGCAUGCACUUGAAAGCGUUUAUAAUAGUGACACGAAAAAAUGCCCCAAGUGAGUAAAAACCUGACUAAAAACUCAUUGUCGCCCUUGUUUUCAGCAUUAAGGAUUUUUGCUGCGAUUUUAGUUGCGAUUUUCUCCUUUUGGAGAAUGUGAAGGAGUAGAUUUCUUAAUGAUGAUGUUAUGAGAUUUCGUAACCUGGAACAUUUAUAACUAAUCUACUCCUUCAUAUCCUCCAAAAGGAGAAAAUCGCAACUGAAACCGCAGCAAAAAUCGCCCGUGUAAAUGGGCCUUGACACACUGGACGCAGGGGCGCCGGAGCCACGCGGGCAGCUGCCCCCGUUGCCUAAACAGUGUGGGGGCAGCAGAUUGCCUUUUUUACCAGAACUGCACUUCGAACGUCGUGCGUUUUUCACAUGAAUUGAAAUUGAAAACUGUUUUUAAACAAUUUAGCUCAUAUUUGAAUCUGAAUUCCUCUCAGAAACGUUACCAAUCUGUUUCCACCUAUGAAAAAAAGUAAAAAAGGAAGCCUUCCUAAAUAACUCACAACUGUCAUGUUGCUUUACAAUACAUUUUAGUCUUUAGUGUCAUGCAACGAAUAAAAAUGUUCCAAUCCAUGCCGAAAUUUGUCUGUAUUAGUUGUAUUAGCUACAAGUAAUGAAGUAUCCCUUAUACAGCAAAAUGUUAACGAACAUUGUCCCCCCCCCCCCCAAAAAAAAUAAGGCUGAAGAGUAAGUGCCAUUUUUAAAUGGCUGCCCCCGCCGCUUCAUGUUGUUUCCGGCGCCCCUGACUGGACGCGAUUUUUCAGUUCUUGAAAAACAUAAAAAAUAAAACAUCCAAUAAAUAAUAAAACAUCCAAUGAGAGCAAAUUUUAAAAGAUAUGUAUAACGCUUCUAAAUAUUUGGAAAAUUUAAACCAGGAUCAAAGUUUAUAUCGGUCAGUGAAAUCCAACGAAUUUGUCCUAUCUUGCCCCCCGAAUGUCAUAAAAUCACCCAAACAUCCACUGCUAACCAUAGUUUACCUCUAUAAAUACAUUGAUAUCCCUCAUUGCACAUGAAAGUUCGCUGUUACCCAUAUUUAUCCAUUAUGGUAGGCAAAUAUCCAUAUGAUUCUAUUAGUGUCCCUUGUUAUACCAAUAUACCCAUAGUCGAUCCCAUUAUGUACUAUAUUAACCAUUGAAUGUCCUUGGUUACUAAUAUAUAUCAAUGCAAGUCCAUUGCUAUCAAUGUCAAUCCAAUAAAGUCCCCUAUUAUAGCAAUAUACCCCUCCUGAUCUUACAAUGUACUAUAAUGACCAUCUGUGUCCAUCGUUAUCCACAUAUAUCAAUUUUAGUACCUCAAUGCCCCUUGACAGCAAAAAUACCCCAUUUUAUCCUAUGAAGUACACGAAUCACCUCCAAAUAAACAUGGCCGAUUUUUCUCGAUAGAAUUGAAAUUUUUAAAAUUUUUUUCCUAGUUCGUUCUAUAUAUUGUAGCCAAGAAAUGCAAGCAAAAACAUCGUGUAAAACCUCUCCUUUCGUUAAUGGCGUCAAGUGAUAAGUUUGUUUUAAGAGUUGUUUGUCGUAAGGGCGAGAAUACUGACUGGAGAGUGCCUUGUCAAAUUGCUUUUCGUGAUGUUUUGGUAAGCCCAAUUAAUAUCAAUAUAAUUAUAGCUCUUUUAUUUUCAUUUUUAAAAUAUUAUUUAUAGUUUAUAGCCAUGUAUUUAUAUCAUCAUAUUAAAACAUAGUGUAUGUCUAUUGUACAGAAUUUAUGAAAAAAUUGAGUGUUUAUACUUUCUGUACUCUUUCCCAGUUGAGUAAAAGUACUGUCAAGUGACGAUCAAGUGAUAAUUUGUAUUUUUUGGACAAAGCUAGUACGCAUAUUGCCAGAAAGUUCUUUCUUUAAUUUCUAUCAAUUGAGUUGGUAAAUGAGUUUAAAUAAAUAUUUUGUACAUUGUCCAGUGUUUUGCAAAGUCAUGUGUAGAAUGUCUAGUAUUAAUUUUCUAUUUUACUUUAUAGGAAAUAGUUUCCAAAGUUCAUCCUGGCGUUACUACAACAGCAUUUGAAUGUAAGCUCACGAGGUUUUAUAUUAUUGGUGUAAUUGCAUGUCAGCAGACCAGUGUAUAAGCCAGGGUGCAUUCCGUGUAAACUUCACGCCGAAGAUAAUCUGAGGUAGUGUUGCCGUGCGCCAAGUGAGGUCAACUUGUGCGCCGGCUGAUUGUGGGCACCUUGAUUUUUCAUUAAUAGCUAUUGAUUUUUCAUUAAUACUUGCUAAAAAGGCAUGUAGUUGAUGAAUAAGAUGUUUUGCUGAUGAGCAAUGAUGAGUGUUGUUACUGUUGUAUCACAAGUUAUAACCACCAUUUAGUAAUAUUACACUGACCAGGAACACAAAUUUCUCGAGUCUCUAAACUUAAAGAAUUAUAGAGGCCAAUCCAAUCACCAGGCGAUUAUUAAUACUCAAAGUCUCGCUUAAACAUUUGAUGCUGCGCCAACCACCAAAACUCAAAACUUGUGCGCCAACCUCGAUGUGAUUGUGCGCCAAGAAUUCAAAACUCACGCCGAAGAUCUUCCACAAAACCUGCAUGGAAUGCACUCUGGUGUAUAAGUAAACAUACUUGUCAGGCUCUGGUGUUGUACCUUAAUCUGGUUAGGGGAAUGUUGUGGUCUGUUAUUUAAACUGCUCUCCGCCAUGAACUCCUUUCUACUACAGUAAAAAUAGGCUUUUCAAUAUUUGUUGGGAAAAGUGUCCCACAAAAAUGAAAUUUGAUCGGAAACUUUCAAACUUGAUCAGACAAUCUUUCAAUACACUCUUUCGAUAAUUAUGCUACGCCAUUUGGCCUGAGAGCCUCGCUGAGCCGAUCACCUUGCAUAAUUUACUAAUGAGAGCGAGGCUCCAAGACCAAAAGGUAUGUGUGAUGUAAUUAUCAAAAGGGCGUAUUCCAUUUUCAUUUCAUGCCUUUGUUAGUUAAUAUAUAAAUAAUUAUACUUUAUGCCAAACACGCUGGCCAGUAUGUAUGUUAUAUAUGUAAAUAUGCCAGUAUAGUUAAAUCUUGCACAUUUAACGUUCUUUGCGGGUGGAUUGCAUGCAGCUUAUGGUUAACCCAGUCUUUCAAGAAGGUUAAUUGCUAUUUCUUGUCUGGACAAAAUGUCCGACCAAUUUAACAUUUGGUCGAACAGACUGUGAUGUGGUCGGAAAAUUUCAGAUGUCCGACCAGUUUCGGGCUCUGAUGGUACAUUGUAUUUUUAAUUCUUUAGAUGAGGAUGAAGAUGGAGACAGAAUUACUGUACGAAGUGAUGACGAAUUAAAGGCCAUGAUUGAUGUACGUUUUUAACCUUUGUUUAGAGUCAAAACUUGUCUCAUACAGGUGUGGAUCAUCUGCAAGGAGGGUGCAGGUUUUCCAUGGGAUGGUGCAUGGGGGAGCCUUACUGCCCACUCUCCUCUGCAGUCUGCAACGCUACUAUCCCAACAGAUUUUUUAGGAUGGUGCUGGACUUCUCUACUAGGGGCAUGCUAGACACCACCAGGUGAGGUGCACCCCCGCGGUAGAUCAGCCCGUUCUCACAUGUGACAUGUGCAGACACACUCGCCAAUUAUGUGACGACACACACUUCCUGCCAUGUAGUAAAAGUUGUAUAAUUUUUUGCUAUUUCAGUACCACUGGUUGAGUCAAGAUCCUAUGACCAAAGCUUUGAAUAUUUAUCCAAAAGGUAUAUAAUUAUGGUUAAUUUAAUAUCAAUGCCUAGCGUAAUGUAUAUUGUAAAUUACAUUAAAUUAAAAUACAAUGCUCAUCACAAAAUGAAAUUUUUAAAAAAUAGAAAGAAAUCCUUAGUUGCAAGCGGCCGCAAACUGAUAGUAUUUAAAAGCUAUCAGGAGCUGUCAAAGGUGUUUAAGUACAUUUUCUUAACUUUUGAAAUUUUCUUAGUAUCCAGUCGGGAUACAAGUACAGUUUGGUAUCCUAAACCAAAUUUUUGAUUUCCCGUGGAUAUCGGGAUACUGCAAAUUUCAGACCCUGAGAAGAUUAUAACUGUCUGAGGAUAUUUCCAAAAUAUUUGACAGCUUGUAAGACACCAAGCAAGAGAAAUUUUCAUGGUCUAAAAGUAAGUUUAUUUACUUAAUGAUAUCUUGUUCUCUUUUCUAAUUAUUUAAAUGUACGUAUUUUUAACAAUCGUGAACUAAUUCAGGUUAACACGAAAGCUCCACCUGUUGCUGUCACAACCUCCAAGCCAAGCAGUUGCAAAAGUGUUCAUGAGUAAGUAUACAGGGUGUAUAAAAUAAAGCGACCCUUUAGAAAUCACCAUUCUGUUGUAAACACCCAAACUUCAUUACUGCUGGGAGUUUAGAAUGCAUUGUAAUCGUACGAGCACAUUAAAACUGCAUAAAUUGUACAUGAAAAUUCUAACUGAAAGUUGACUCAGGUCGAUUAAAAAUGGUUUGACUGAUUACAGAGCAAAGAGUUGGCAGCACUCUCCACUUGACGAGUAAAAUUGUCUGGUGUUAGACAGAGUAAAAUACUAAAGUAGGGCGCGCCAGGGUGCAUUGCUACUUAAAGGGUUAAGAGGUUAACCCAUUGAGUGGCAGCCUCUCUACUUGACGAGUAAAAUUGUCUGGUGUUAGACAGUAAAAUACUAAAGUUGGAUGCAUCAGGGUGCAUUGCCACUUAAAGCAGGCCUGGCCGUUUGAGGCGCGCGAUCGCGCGUGCGCGCCUCCGCACGCGCCUUGACUCCUUGAGACGCGCCUUUUAACACACGCCUCGUUUGUUUUAAGAGUAUGAAAUCGCGCGUCUGGUUUUUUUAUUCAAAAUGAAUUUUUGCCGGAACUAAUCCUCGCCAUUUAGAUUAGUUAUAAAAGAAUGACUGAUUUAAUGCUGAUCAAAGGAAUUGAUAACUGUUGGUCGGCGAAGGAGCGUAAGGAAAUCUCCUUACGCUCCUUCGCCGACCAGCAGUUAUCAAUUCCUUUGAUCAGCAUUAAAUCAGUGCAUUAGAAUUUUACAUGGAGAAAAGACGCAGAGCCAAACUCGACAGCAACACCGUGGAUAAAGGAACUCUGUUAAAAAAGCGUAUAAUUGAGAAAUACGCCAUAACCAUUGACGAUAACGAUGAGUCGUCAAGCUCGUUGGAAAUCGAGUCAUAGGCGAUGUUGACAUUUUCAUUGAUGUUUAAAGUACGAUGACUUUGAAAACAUCGUAAAUACACGUACUCACUGGUACAAAUUUUAAAACUGUUUUGUUCUACACAAAUUUUUACCCAGUUUUGUGAAUGUUAUUCUAGUCUAUAUAGCCAAUACGCGUAAUUUUUACCAUUUUUUUAAUCGCGCGCCUGACGUUAAUAUGGCGCGCGAUAUGCCGCGCGCCUGCCCAAAUACUUACUGCCAGGCCUGUUAAAGGGUUAAAUUAAUCAGCACAUAAUCAUAUAUUCAUAUUCAUAUGUUGAACGAUACCAAAUACUUUUAAAUAACUUCCCAUGCAUAACAUUUGAUUCAAUUGUGUUUACACACCCAUGGGUUCAGUAUAGGACUCAGGAGUUCAAAUUGUAACAAGGCGAAUUUCUAACGGGUCACUUUUUUAUGAUGUACACCCUGUGCAGUGGUAUGAUAUGGUGAAUAUUACGCUUGGUUCUUUCUUGUCCAGUUCUUAUUAAUUUUUUAAUCAUUUAGAAAGGUGCCUGCGCCUCCAGGAAGCCUGAGGACGAUUUUAGCAAGUGGACAGGUAUACAUGAUGUAAAUAUAUAUAUAUAUGCACAAGAAAAUAAGUAGCCGAAUAGAAAAUAAGUAGAUCACACUCUUCCUCAUUAACUAACGCAGUAUGUUAAUAUCAGUAUCAUAUAAUAUCCUGCAUGUUUAUUUUAGGUUUCUCACGAAGAACUUCAAUAUCUUGAAAUAUUGGGUCAUGGCAUUGGAGGCACUGUUUAUAAGUAUGAUGUACACCAGUCUUUAAUUCACAAGUCUCAGUGGCAGACACUAGGGUGCGAGGGUGAGAGGGGGCAACCCCCGCCUCCCAAAUAACUUCAGAAAGCUUUUGAACGAUAGCUGAAUAACUAUGUAGCGAAGAUAUAACAAUAAUUUUUCAAUCUUGAAAGCAUCAGGAGGCUAAAAAUUCAGCUAUAUAUUGCAUGAAAUAUAAAAAAAAAUCCUAAAGAACUAUGAUUUUCAGAGACUAAAGGUGCCUUCAAAUUUUGCUGCUACAAAAAUUUCCCCCCACCAACUUUUGCCCCCGUCCCAGACACAGCCUCCCCCUCUGUAAAGUCUCCAUCUCUUGUGCCCUGAUGUUUUUUUCACAUUUGUAACUUUAGAUGUUGUCACACCAUGUCCCAAAAGACAAUGGCUGUCAAGGUGAUUGGCUAAUUCAUUUGUUUAUUUGUUUACUAUUCAUUUGCACCUGUGUUGGAGAACCACUGUUCCUGUUUAUAGUACUGUCUGUGUUUCUAAAUUCACCGUCUCCAUCAACUGUUAUUCUUAUGUUACUCUAUUAACAAUAUAUAAUAAUUCCUUACUGUACAUUAACUUGCUGUAUAUUAAAAUAUAAAUAUUUGAUUGUUUUAAAUGUUUUUAUUUUUCAUAGGUUAUACCUUUAGAUUUGACUCCAGAAGUUCAAAAACAAAUCUUGUUAGAAUUGGAUAUUCUCUUUAAG